AAGUUUGAUUUUUAUAAUCGGCUUUUUUCCCUACAAUUUUCACGUCUUCCAAACGGCAUUUAAAUCGCCCUCUUUCCUUCCCUUCGAACUCCUCGCAUUUCUUUCUUGAGCUUUCUUCUUUUUCCUGAGCAAAGUCUGUCCAACUCCCACGUUAUUAGUUGUAUCUUGAACUUUCCUGAGCAAAGUCUGAACAACUCCCAAGUUGUUACUUGUAUCUACCCUAGGAUUACGAUCAAGUACAGAAACUAGUUCUUGAAGAUGUUGUGGUGACAGUGACUUCAUACUCGUUACAAGUUGUUACAGGAGUAGACCUUGUAAAAGUCGCAUCCUUUUUUUCUAACUGCGUAUCAUCAGUGGUAAGUGAAGUAACGAGGAACAAGAUGUCGUCCAAGAUGUUGUCACGGAUUCUUGGUCUUUCUCUCGCACACUAUAUUGAUGUGCGCUUUGCAAUCCAAUUCCAUGCGAAUCCGUCUUCUGAGAAGAAGCAAGCCUUCUAUCCGGUCCAGCCUGUCGAAGGUGCAGAUGCUGGAAGCGCGGACCAAUCACCAUAUGAUGGAGGUGUGAAACAGGCACCAGGUGUUGGAGGCGCGGACCAAACACCCCCAAAGGCUGGAGAGCAUGGAGAACCCCCCAAAGCAGAAGGAGACCCCGACAGCACUCCUCCCAAAGAGGACACCGGCGAAGGAUUGUACUACCAACUGGGACCAGCGCAAGAAGCCACACGUAUGGAAACGUUGACGUUCGCCACUUCGGAUUCGGUGACUUGGAAGGGCAGAGGUCAAAACUUUGUGAAAGAGUUGGCAAGGCUUGUCGAGACUACUACAACGGACAACUCUCGGUCUGCACAGGAGGAAAAUGCGCUCUACGUUGUGGUAAAACUGGCCCCGAAUCUAGAUGAUGUUAAGGCUUUCUUCCCCUCUCAUCUCUACUUUCCCUGAUGUAUGAUCCAUCUUCAGAGAUGAAGGCCUCCAUCUUCGAUCCUCCUGGGACGAGCGACGUUCUCAAGGGAGAAAGCGCCCCAAGAUGGUGUCGUCCUCUUCAAGAUGGAUGAUUGAACAGAGAAGUUCUAAUGAUGCUACUGACUGGUCCCUUUUGCGCUACCGCAACUCCCUCAAAACCUGGCACUGGGUGGAGCAGAAAAAGGCGGUUCCUGGAUCGGGUGAACCACAGAUGGAGUGGAUCGCGAGCGACCAAGAGCUCUUUUUUUUAAGGCACCGAGGACCGAGAAAAAAAACCUCCUCCCCGCCUAAUAUAGAACAUGUGUCCACCCAACAAACCUUUUGCUGGUUCUCCUUUUUCUUAGAAACGAGCUAUGGCAUACUUCUCAAGAUAGGAUCUUAUGUCAUGACCCUAGUGCCUACUCAUAAGUUGUGGGAAGAUCUUGCUAUGACAGACUGCUCUCAAGCUCAACAAGACAGGUAGAGGUAUAAAGUUGACUCUCAACAAGACGAGAUCGCCGAGAUUGCUCUAAUUUUUUCAGUCACUACUCGCGGUGAAGCUCGAAGGCAGUUGAUGGAGGACUGCACACAAUAUUCCGCAGACCCUGGAAGUUUUCGCGUCUUUGAACUGAAUUAAGGCAAGCUUCCGAAUAGAUGCGCGUCAUCUCCUAGGCAGUUUUUAGUUGAUAGGUAGUUGACGCGAAAUGUCUUUUCGGCUAUCUAAGGUUCACAGGCUUAGUUAGAAGUUUGCCGAAUAAGUAGAUAUUCACAUCAUGAUAAAAAACAGUUAGUUAGUUAGUUAGUUAGUUAUUUUUACAGGAAAGUCUACCCUAUCCUAUAGUAUGGCGGAAAAGGUGGUUUGUAGCCUUUUUUGAUAUUCUUGAUCUUGUGCUGUCAGACUCCUGAGUCAUAAUCUGGUGAUAUCAUGUUUUUGUGACGGACAGGACGUAUUGGGAUUCGCUUGUCGUCCCUGGAGGUUGUUGAUGUUAUCCUGUGAUGCAAUCUGUGCUGUAUACUGCAAUCCUUCGAAUGCCAACAUUGUGAGCGUGAUGUAUGCCAGACGUAGUAGGACUACUGCGAUGAGGUUCCCCAGCAAUUGACCCUCUAAUACGAGCUUGAAUCCGUUUCGCGUCUGCUCACCUACAGUGACUAUCAACAUUACAAGAACGCGAUCGCACGAGAGGUGCGCGUUCCUCCUCAGAUCCUUCGAGCUUCUUCGCAGGGACAACAUGUGAACAGGCCAGCUUCAUCUUCUGAGGAGAGUCUUCGAUCGACAUCGAGUGCCAUGACUCAAACUUUUGAUCAUGGUGGUCCUCCGACGUUUGUGGUACAAGAAGGUGCUGCUAGUCCGGAUAGGGCCCCUCGUCCUGCACCUCCGUCACAAGGUCGUCAAGAUCGUGCUCACGAGGGAGGGCCGCCUUUGGUUCCGGAGUCAGCUGAGGACUUUUUUGAACUGCUCACGCCUGCUGCUGGUCUCUUCCGUCCGGAAGAGCUGGCUGCUCUGAGGCGGUUGAAACUUCUAGACGGACGACGACGAGGACCUCCUGAGGACGACGGGCAAGUGGACGGCGCUGUGGCACUACUGUCUUUGGCAGGGGACGGGGAGCCUUUCCUCACGUGCCUGAACGGCUACCCUGGCAUAGAUCAUGACAUGGUAAAUGAAGCCAGUAAUCAACAAAGUCAAGAACCCAUGUUUGAACGUCUGAAAGCAACGCUCUCACGAUCUGAGACGUGGAAGCGCGUGCGAGACAAGCGGAGGGAAAAGGACCGAAGCCUGUUACAAGAUGCCAGGGGGAUCAAUUACAGUUUCUUCGAAGCUCUCUCCUUAAGGGUCGUUUAGCACAUCCCCCUACAUGCACAUCCCUCUAGUACAGGAGCAUGAUUUUCCUUGGCUGGCGUCUUUUUCAAGUACAGAAAAAAAAGUCAGCGCCAAGGCCGGAUGCUCCCUAAAAGAAUGCUCCUAAGGACCCCGGUAAUGCUCCCAACACUCUCCCCAAGUGUCUCUCCACGGUAGUAGCUCUAACCUCCACCAGAACGCUUUUUCCGCUGCUGCGACAGUUAUGGGUUGAAACAUUCCAUUUCCACAGGCCCUUUUCACUUAAGGAUAACACUGAAAAAUGAAAUGUUUCAACCUUUAAGACAGGAAUUGUUACAGUCUGCCAGGUCCGCAGGAGGAAUUGCGCACAGCUUUGGGCUCACAACCGAGUCCGGGCUCCUGCCCUGGACCUCCAACAGCAUGGUCGAGUUCGCCUACGAAUUACUCUCGUCUAGCGACAUUCUAUUAAGGCUAGUACCGCUCUUCAAGCAUCUCCUUACAGCGUCAUGAUCCUUGGCCCUUACAGUAUCAACCUUGGUCCCUAGCACCAUGCUCCUUGGUUCUUCUUUCUCCACUUGAGAAUAUUAUGACGGGCCACGGAUGCUAGUGCACUCAGGGAAGAUGUUAACGCGGUAGCUCUAAUUCUCGACUCGAAAAAGGUGACACCCAUUUACUUUGCGCCGAACUCCUGGGGAGGCCAUUUCAUCCAUUCUUAUGUUGCUAUAAAGACUACUACACAGUCAUUUACUCUCUCUACUCACCCUUGGUACUCUAGUUUCCCUUGUUUCUUCGGAUAUUCUUAGUCCCUGCUAGUCGUGACCUGAGGGCUCGGAGGCGAUGGAAUUAGAAGUUUCAGCGCCCUCAGUACUCCUGGGGAGGCCAUUUCAUCCAUUCUUAUGUUGCAGUACGCCUGCUUGUCAUUAUACUUUCCGUAUCUAUCGAGACUAGAAAAGGGUACACAUUUUUGGCUCUAUCUAAGAUACCGUGAAACAAACUAUGCCGACCGAGAUGACGCCGAAAGCUACCACAGGAGCGUUGCAAGUGCGGAUUUCCUUCACGGCAGACGACUUGUUGUCCCAGAUGAUCGAAAAGAACUUGGAGAAGGCGCUCAUCCUUGUUAUGGACGAAUAAGUUUUUUUUUUCCUCUACAUCAGACCAUCGCGAGGGCCCGCCCCUUUAAGCAGAUUAUAUUUUUUAUACGUUUGUAAGGUCCCACUAUCUGAUCCAGUGUUACCACAACUCAAUAUAGAUAUGUUUUUAGGGGAAAAUCAUGGGUAGGAGCCGUGAUGGUCUGCCCUUAGAGAAGAGAAAAAACAACAUUCAUACCUGUGGCAUUUCCGAUCGCGCCAGCGGUCGGCUUGCGAACAUCAUCGCAGUCACCCGUUCGAAUUUCAGACAUGGCGGUCGAGAUGCCGGAAGAAGACUUUGCCUACGCCUACUUGCUCGAACUUCGAAGGGAGAAAGAUUGGACUCAGAUCAAAACACAAAUGAAAAAGAAACUUGAUGCCAACAUGGACGAGCAACAAAAUUUGCGCUACGUUCUCUGUGAAGUCCACAUUCUCGACUAUUUUCGCUCUAUCCGCACUGGUGCGAAAGGGCUUGAGGGGGUGGCCAGUUCGGAAGCCGAUGGGACAAACGACGGAAGCCCUCAAGUCCUAGUGCCGGGACUUGGCUUCAACGCAGUGGGGCAGAAUUUCGGUAAACAAGUGACAGACUUUGCCGCAAACUCACUGAAGAAUGCUGUCAUCGAACGCUUGCAACGUUGGGCUGGUUCCACGGAAACCCAGCGCGCGCUGCGCGAACGACUCGGCGGAGGAGGUCGGGGAGAAGAAGAUCGUGCUGGAGGGUCUGGCGGUGUAGGUGGCGAUGCGGCGGCAACUGCUUCCCUUGAAGGAGGUGCUCGAGCUACUGCUCGUUCGACGCCCGCAGAAAAGAAAUCUUUGUUCCAAACGAUUGUGCCCGACCGUGUUCGCGGUCUUGGUAAAAAAAAACCGCCCAAACCCGGAGCGGCUUCCCCAGCUAGCGGAAAAGCCACAGGAGCACCUAAGGAAAAUGAAGAGUCCACGGUCGAAAACGGAGCUUGCGAAGAUGGAGGCGGAGUCGUUUGCGAGAUAUUUAACAUUAAGGCUACUUACUUACAGUAGUAGUCCUUACAAGGAAUGAAUUAGAAUUACAUUCUAACGUCUACGUCGGCGACGUGUCAGAAGAGAGUCCGUGUAACUAAUGUUGCAACAACUGCUGACUCAAAGUGGAAUCAGUAAUGUCCUUGUCUGAACAUAGUCGUCAUGUUGUCUGAAGAGAGUAGCACUCAUUUGCAAGGACGACCUAUUUUCUAAUAGCACCUCCUUACUCAAAAAUUUUUCAUUGCGUUUGAGUGUUUUUUUAGUACAUGACCAUGAUGAGUCUUCCUCAUCCUAAAAAUCUCCUGUACAUUAACAGUGCCCAUAAUUAUCUUCUUGCUUUUUUCGGUUCUUCCCUAGAUAGGUUGGCUCCACCGCUAUUCUAAUAGUAGCAUCGAGGAACUUCUGCGACGGACGCCACUGGAACUCCUCAAUGGUCAGGUUCGGAUUGAGGGCUUGCGCUUUAGCUUGCAAGACCCAAAAGACAGUUGGUUGCCAAGUCCAAAAUUGAUUGGGUUCUACGAUCAAAAGCCCAUACUGAAGACGAUGAAUGCCGCGGCAAAGUCAGGCAGAUCCUCGACAAGAUUCAACUGGCUUAUGUCUAAGGUAAAGGCAGAUGCCCAUGAUGUCAUCCAAAUGCAUGAUAAGGAUCUCAAAUUCAUUUCCAGAAGCAUAUUCAUUUUUUUGAGUUCUAUCUUCGAUUUUCUUCGACCUGACGUGGUCAAAGAAGACUACACUCUCUAGCCUAGUAGAAGAUGAAGACUACACUCUCUAGUUCACUCUCUAGGGAAGACUGCACUCUCUAGCCUGGUAGAAGAUGAAGACUAGUACACGCUAGUCUACAGUAGAACAUCAAGAUUUGAAUUAUUUGGGUGUGCAUUUAUUGGCUGAUGUUAAGCUUAAGCUUGAGGUCUAAGAAUUCCGGGUCCAAGAAGGGGAAUCCUCCUCCUCGGACGAUGGGAAACCUUUCGAGGGAACCAGGUGAGCUCGAAUACCCUCUGCCAGUCUACCGCGUGUUGCUUCCAAAGUUGGAUGUGAAAGCGGCCAAGAUUUUUGUCGAUCGUGAUCUUGUCCUGGACCUCGCAGGGCGCGAGCACGCGGCAACUGGAAACCUAAAGGCUCAACCUCUGGUCGGCGCUGACGAAGAAGCCUUGGCAAGCUUCAUGAAGACAGCUGCUGCGCACCAAGAUGAUGAAUCCAUUGAUGCCCCGUUUCUCGAUCGCGCGGCUGAGUCCACCCCUAGCGCAUCUGCAGGGACGGCAAGUGGGUCCACCAGCACUGGGUCUUUCUCAUUGACGAGCAUCAAAAAGAAAUGGCCGGGGUUGAACACCAUGGUAAUGAGCGCCAUGGAAGCGAUUGCUUCGUCUGCCCAGCCACCGAAUAUGCUGCGUGAGGCUAACAAUUACGGGCACCGCAACUUUGAAGAGCAGUCCAUCUUUUACUCGACAGCAUCUUGAUCUUUCCUUAGCCUAUUUACUUUUGUACACAAGAGGUAAAUAUCGAGGCUGCUCCAAGAAGAGAUGGGUUGGUCACCGACGACACAGGUGAGGUUGCAGAAAUAACUAGAGGACCCAUAGACACAUAGACAUAGUAUGAAAAGGCGGUGCGCCGUAGUUUUUCGUCUAAGAAAAGUUAUUCGCUUGGGCCCCCAAGACGUCAAAGGAGGCAACCGAGAGGACGAUCAGUGCCCUGCUUCCCGAGGAGAUUGAGUUCAGUAUCACUUAAGGCUCAGACUUCAUUGGUCAUCACUCCUUAGAGUCCGGGGUCUCUGACACCGAAGUACUACUCGGCUUCCCUCUUGAGAGAACGUUAACAAGGGAAGAAAAUGAAGGGAAAACACAAAACACGGGGAGAGGCAUCGUCAUGAGCAUCAUCAUGAGGAUGCUUUCUUCUUUCAGAAUCAGUGACCAGUGAAGAUUGCGGGCCUUUAAAUUAGGAAGAAGGAAGACGCUGUGCACCUCGGGGAAGGUAUUGCGAUCGACCUGGUUUUCUCUGCGCCGCUCCAUGAAGACGCCGAAUCCACCACUGCUGCGUCCAAAGCGUCCAAAGGAUUACUGCGCGGGUCUCCUACUGUGCCGAAACUGAUCAAAAUCCUGGAGACGCAGAAGGUACCUACUUAUUUGCUUGGGCCGCGCAGUAGGUACCCACUAGUAGAUUCAGUAAUUGAAAUUGUGCGAUAUUGUUCACUUUUUUUUGCUAUACUAAAGAGGUAUUGCGCAACUACCGACGACAAAGAAGAGAACAACAUACAGUACUAGGUAGGACGCCCUACCGACGACAAAGAAGAGAACAGCAUACAGCACUAGGUAGGACGCCCUACCGACGACCAAGAAGAGGACAGCAUACAGUACUAGGUAGGACGCCCUACCGACGACCAAGAAGAGGACAGCAUACAGUACUAGGUAGGACACCACAAGGAAGAGAACAGCAUGCAGUACUAGGUAGGACGCCCCCAAGAGAUCUUAUUUAUAUCCACCUUUGGUGAGCUAGCACCCAUAAGCAAGGUCAGCAACGCCGUUCCGAUAUCAUUGCGAGCGCCUACCUUUCUCUUUUCACUUGGUGGGACCUUAUGUGGCAGAAGACAGGGACUUUUACUCCGAGCGCUCUAAUUUUAGUAGAUUACUAUCUUAGUUAUGUUAUCUAGAGUAAACCCUCCUUCGUUCCUAUUACUUUACCUUCCGUUCUAAAUACUCCUAAUACUCUUAGCUCAUACUUCUACUUUCCAAGAUUUCUCACGACUUUGGCUGCAGAAUAUCCACCUUCGAGUAUAUCCGCCCAGGCUGUCUCUGUGUCUUCUAUUUCUGGUUUGGAAAAUUUGGAAGAUGUCUUACUCCUAGGUUGAAGAUUCACACAACUUCUAGGCUUUAUCUUGGUGUGCUGUUGAGGGACCUAUCUUGUUGUAGGGCUAUAAAACUUCAAAAAAAUGGUUUCUCUCCUUACUUACACAAAUUCUGCAUGCCAAUGUUAAACGGAGGAAGCGCAGAACAAUCACUUUCACUCAUACACAAAGUCCAGUACACAAGUAUCAUCUGAUUGAUUCUACUACCAAUUUCUGCAACAGGCAGAAGAGCUAGACCGUUUGAAGGGCAAGGUGGAAGCAGCUGCAAAUUUAGAGACGACUUACCUCCGACAGGCUGAACGCACCAGGCUGGAAGAGCAACAUGGCCCAGACGCUGUACGCCUUCGUGAGCAAGCAGCAGAGCAUCAAGCUGCAGCAAAAAGACUACUUGAAGAGGCGGAGUCGGAGGCAAAAAGACACCGGGAGGGGGGCCUUGUCGAUGCAACUGCUGAAGGACAGCAAGAGUCUGCCCAAGCACGAGAAGGGUCUGCAAGUGCGUCAGGAGCCGCAAGUGCGUCAGGAGCUGCAAGAAAUUCCGCUGCCGGAGAAGAAUCACCACCAGGACCUCAAGCAUCACCGGGACAUGAACCAGAUGCAACUGCUGCUGAGGUUGAUUUGGAUUUUCCUCUAGCAAAGCUUGCAGCGGUGGGGUUUGAGAUCACGGACCGCUUCAUCGAGAAUCUGGCAGUAGAGGGGCUAAAGAUUCUUCAAACUGGCGCUUUAUUAAGGCUCACAAUAAUGAUUCAUUUUCAUCUUAAGAAGCAUCUCUAGCCCGCUUCUUCAGGGGGCAUCUUUUUUGUUCCCAUUUUGCUUUCAAUAAGGAAGGAGAAUUCGUAACAAAAUGAUGAGAUGCACUGAAACAAAGAUGAAUUAGAAAUACUCACCUUAGAAAUACUGACCUAGGUGCACCACCUUAUUUUUACAUAUGCGACGAGGUCUAACUUUUCAGUGGCUCGGAAAUCUGAUUGGACCCUACUACGCUCGUUCCGUCCUGCGUGGCCUGAUGAAAGGCCUCGUGGAGAACACUAUUGGCGAGAUGCUGUUCAAGGAUCGCAAGAGGUACUGGCAGAGCGGCCAGCGUCGAGCGAUCAAGAGCGCUGUGGAGAUAGCUGGAACUUGGACGCCCAUGGAUAGGGACCAUAACCCCUAUUACAAGAUGUGUCUCGAAGCGACUGGAAAGAACAAAAACAGUUGCAUUCGAGGCUCGCUUUGGUUCCAUGUCUUCGAAGACAUUAUGUAGUUGGGGUUAUUAAAUAUAAUUGAGGGAUACCAUACCUUUUUUAGUUAGGUCUGCUCCACCAACAAUAUUGAGCUAUACUUUUAUUGAAAGUUUAUGUUAUUCACAUUAUCAUUAUCUUUAUCUGUGGUCGACGUCAAGGCUAAAGGUGUUUCCCCUUGUUAUAGACCGUUCGUUUUUUUUCUUUACCUCUAAAGAGACGACUCCUGCUGGCGUUGCGAUGGAACAAAUCGUCGGGAAACUUGGUUUUUCUACAAAUCUCGGAUUCUAUCAAAAGCGAUUGGAACAACUACGAGCAUCGAAAAGCGUAAGGCCUGAGGCAAUGAUCUUCGCUGAUGAGGAUGCGUUGCAGAGGGAAAAAGUCCGAAAGUUCACAGAGCAAGCAAACUUAAGGCCGCUCAAUAUAUUCUUAUAAAUUUAAUUUCUCUCAUCUCAGAGUGCAGUAGUUUUCUCUCAUCUCAAGCACUGUCCUCGCCGCUUCAAAGUUCAUUGCUACAACUCAUUUGCAUUUCUCGAACAAGCUUCCUUCUAUCACUUGGGUUUUUUGCGAGAAAGCAAAGGUCCUUGUCUGAGUAAAUGAAACGAAGCAAGAACUUACAUUAAUAUAUUAUGAGCAAGCUCGCUUCUCUAACAGAGAAAAAUGCUUGGAGGGAAGUCACGAUGGCUGUAAUGUACGACCGCUUUUACGAGCCUUUGCUCCGAGGAGACCGUGCUGACGCUUCGUCAGCACUAGUGCCAAAAGACGAGACCGUGAGAGAGCUAAUGCGAACCUGGAUGCACUUAAGCCUGCGAUUCAAGCAGCGCAUGGAAGUUGGGUUUGGGGCAGAAGCAUGCGCAAGUAUGAAGACAAGCAGCAUGGAAGAAGUUGAGACCGUAGAAGAUGGCGAUAAAGCAGAGGAAGAACUUGAAGGUGAAGAUACUCGCAGUCCUUCUAGAAAAAGCGUCGCAGCCGAAGAACUUGUUACGAAGGCGAUCGUCGGCGCCAAAAUUACCGCGCCGCGAAAAACCUACCACUUUGGCGAGACGGACCCGCGAGAGGUAACUGUCGGUUUGCUACAUCUGGAAAGCUUUGCGCAGAAAGUUUUUGGAGUGAGGUUUUCUCUCUGCCUGCUCGAACGACAUCAGAGGGCGUGGUCCACCUUCAUCGAGUCCGAUCUGAAAGGGAUACUGAUUGAUGAUUUUUUUCAAGCAAGAAGACUCCGCAAGUUAGAAGCUCUCCUGUCGGCUGACGAGGACAUGAUGCUUUCGAAGAUGGAAAGCGAUGUUGAUGAGCAGGAUCAUGAAGGAAGUGAGGAUGAGCUACGAGGUAGCGCGGAUGAACUACGAGAUAGUGGGGAGGACUCAGAGGGCUCUAGUAGUGUAGAUUCUCUCAGCGUCAAUGUAGGGCGUGACAGCACUCCGCAGGUUGUUGUUGAGCCUCUCCCCCCCAGAAGCAUGAAGAGAAAGAGUCUCACCGCUUUGGUGAAGGGCCUCCUCCGUGAGGUACUUCCCGCGCCCGACGAAACCGUGGAGCCGUUUCCUGUGGAUGUCUUGUCCCUAGCGAAAAACUGGAUUCGCUUUGUGUACCCGCUUCCCUCCGACUUUCUGCGAGCCAUUCGACGGCUCAGCAGCGAAACUUUGCCGACGCUCAAGCUAAGGCCACCUACUACUGCAACUACUAACUACUAGAUUAGAUGCAACAAGUCAUCUCCAGAUGCAACUACCCCUGCAACUACGAAGAUGCAACUACAACUACUUCUACUUCGCAGAAGUAGCCUACUACCAUGUAGUCUGCUAGUUUUUCUAGUGGGGCAUUAGUACUACACGACAUAAUUACGCCCGUUAAUACUGGGUAUAUCAUCGUCAUCGCCCUCCCUGCUAUCUUGCUCCCCUCAUUAUUUCUAGAGGGAGGUGGAAAACGGGAACCAAGAUGAUGGGGCCGAAGACUCUAUGAUACCUUGAUUAGACCUUCUACCAUACUAAUAAUACUCGACGUAGUAUUAAGUUCUAAUGAAGAUUUAUUCUCUAUUUAGUAAGUUCUAAUGAUUAUUAUACAUAGUAAGUAAUGUUGGGACUUCAUGUUCAUCUUUUAGUAAGAUUGAUAAUAAUCCACUUAGUGCCGCCUUUUGUCCUUCAAAUUCUGGCUGAGAUACACACUCAACUUACUUAAGGAAGAAAGGCGGCCAGUGAUGAAUAUUCUAAGUCGCUUAAAGAUACUAAGCAACUAAAACAAACAAUUACAUCUGAUUAUAAUUAAUUAGCCUCCUCCUUUAUUAACAGGCAACUUAUACACUUUCCCCGUUUCAAUGAGGUGUGCUGCAAAUCUUGAUUGUCUUCUUCCUUUCUAUAAGGUUGAGGCUUAGGCCCAGCGGCGCUCAAAGCAUGAAAUAAAACAACCGGUUCGUUUUUACCUCUAGCGUGUAGCCCUUCCGACAAUAAUAAUCUAGCUACUUAGUGUUCCCUCUAGGUCUAUCCUUAGCAGGUUUAGCCCUCCAAAGAAAAUACUCUACCCAGUAUUAACAAUUUCUAAUUCUUAUCUCGGAGAGCGCUAGGAACCUGUUAGAGCGUCCAGGCUUCCUCAAGGACCUAGUAGCGGACCCGAAUUCCGGGGUUAAGGAAUUUGCGUUGUUAUCGGCAAAGGACUUCGUUGGAACUGGCUUUAGGGGCCUGAGCAGCUACAGCCCGAUCUCGCACUUGGUGGAACGGUACAUGUUGUUGCCGUCUAUCCUGAGUCUCUAUUAUGGACCCACUGAUCGUGCCAAACUUGUUGACAUGAGAAAACUAUUGAAAAAGACUGGUGAGAAACUUCUUCUUCUUCACAGGAUUUUAAAGUAGUUUCUCGACGACGUAGUCGUAGUCGUGGUGUUCUUUCUAGUCAAUCUCGACCACUAAUAGGUUGAGGAAAAAAAGAACACAAGAAGAAAAAUCCCCAAAUAGUGACUGUUUACUUAGGGCCCCAGCAGAAACACAAUUAAGACUGAAGUGCCCCUUGAUCCCUUUGGAGUCCCCUUCCUUUUCAUACAACCGGGAUCCCGAAGGAAAUGUUCGCGCAAAUCUUGAAGCCCAUGAGUGAAGAGCAACAAAGCGCCAUCGAAAAUUUAACGCAAGAUCCGACCGGGUUUGGGAUGCAAACUUUGCAAGACGAACUCCUCUGGGCCUUUGCGCAUAAGGGGAAAAGGGUAUACUUAUACUAUACAUACUACCAUUCCCGAUCAUUAUGUAGACUAGAAAAUUUAUAAGUAAUGUAAGUUUAUGUUGUUUAGACCACAAUCUUCAGCCCAUGACAAUAGCCGCACAAUAUGUCACAACAACAGCAAUUCAGGUUCCCAAAAAUGCGUACAGAGUGGAGGACUUGUUGUUGUAUAACGAGCAGGAGGAACGUUAUCCUGCCGUGUGCAUCUUGCCAGGUGGGAGAAAACUGCCAGGCGUUUUGGUAGCAAGCAAGCUUAUGGGCGGUAGCGUCAACCCAACAUCUUUUAUACCAACAUCUUUUAGUCACCAGUCUCAGUCCCUCCUUGGAAUAUUAGGCUACAAGUAAGAGGCUAAUUAUUUUAUCAUCAUGACUCGAGUAGGCUAAAAGACGCUCUUUUCAAAGAUAGGUUGUCGGUCGGUACCUCUAACAAGAACGCAGCUGGAGGUAGCCAAGAAAGAGAGAUGGUCGUGGAUCGGUUUCAUCUUCCAAACCGUGCGCUUCUUAAACUUAAACUGGCGCAGGUCCAGGAAGCUACCCAAUUCCAACCGGAAUCGCUAGCAACAAGCCUGGAACACGUUGCAAUAUUAUGACAACUUCCGGAAUAAAUCUCCCAUUUUGAGAAUCCAUCUCUAUGUAAUUUAAUGUCUCCAUCUCUAUGUAAUAGUGCAAUCCAUCCUAUCCUAUCCAUCUAUGUACACAUUAGGUCCGCUCCACCACAUAUAUUAUGAAAUCCAUCUCCAGAAGCAUCUCGGACCUCCCGUGUAAGGGGGGAACGGGUACAACAAGAUGACUUUCAGGAUGAAGGACUCCCGGAAGGUCUAAUAAUAGGCAGCUUUUCCGAAAGCGAGCCACGCGCUUGGCAGAGGCGAGUUUACCCAAGCGAGUUGGAAUUUUACGAACAAUGCCAAGUGAAAGAAUCUUACACAACUGGCCGCGAAGCGCAGAUCAAAGUUUUGGCUAUCAAUCCCGAAAUUGUCACCGCUCGUUGGGUUCCUGUGACUGUUAAGGCUACAAGAUGACAUCAAUCUUCACAGGCCUCUUCCUGAGACCGUUUUCAAGGGGAAAAAGGUUCUAGGAUCUUCAUGGAUGGCAAUGGCUGUCCAUUUUAGUUGUAGUUCUAAGACUGUGAGCACUGGAGAGCAGUCCUCAGCUGCGUACUUGCCAGCCCAUUCUUUGCUUGUCACAAAGGGCCACCAGGUGCCAAAAGGGGAGAUCUUGUUGUCAGGGAAUAUGCAGAUUGCAAAAGAAGCGAAACUGAGCACCGCAGUGCUCAUAGGACGCGUUCAGGUGCCAAAGAGCUUAAUACCCUCCAAUUCCAAUGGCGAAGAACCUCCCAGGACCCUCGUGGCACAUCCCACGACGGAGAAGAAAGAGUCUUCAGCAGACGAGCCCCCAAGGUACCUUUUGGGUCGUGCGGAUGCUUUUAGUAAUGGAGCUGUCUUUGGGUUUGGCCUGGUGCAAGAAGACCUGAACAUCUUUAGAUCCAACGGCGGUUCUGGGCAGGAGCAAGAAAAUAGAAGAAACACCCAAGACAAAAUGGUAGCACAGGGAGAAGUUUUAUUAGGGCUUGCCGCCAUAAUAUUCUAAUUGUGGAAAGAGAAUAAGUUUAAGUUUAAGUACGUACGAGGAUGUGACAGAAGAACGAUCAUGGGCAUCGGUGGAAUCCAGAUGGGGCUGGUGAGAUGAUCAAGAUCUUUCUUCUAUAAAGAGGCAUCUCGUGGUCUGACACGUCUUCGUCUUCGAGGGGGAACGAAAAAAUGCGUCAGAGAUCACUUCCUGCCACAAGAUGAGUUUGGUUGUACUAGGUAAUCCCUCCAAGAUGAAUCAACAUUUAGGUAAGCUCUAACUUCCGUGGUGCAAUGGAUGGACGCAAAGAAGCUUUUAGACCAAAAUCCAUACGAGUGGGUGAAAGCAGCUGGCCCAAAUGUGGCUUUUCCUGCCGACGCUGUCCCGUGUCUGGGAAACUUCCGUCGAGAGCUUUACUACGUUGCUAAGUUAAGAUGAGAUUGAUUUUACACGAUAAUCAUGUAGUUACGAGUAAAUUUAGUAGUAAACACGCUCAUCAGAGGACUUAGAUUAUGCUCCUUUAUAAUACUACUCUUAGUACACCAACAGGAUAGCUUCAUUCUUAGGCUAGACCGGAGUUGAUCCCGCUAUUUGAAAGCGCCAACUUCACUAAAAGAAGACGUUCGAAAAGAUAAACUUCAUGGAAUAAUGCAUGACGUUCUGGUUUCGGAUCGGUCUUCCACCGUCUCUCAUGAACCUCGCGGACGUCUCUAAGGAAUGUUCUAAAUGUAAAAGAUGAUAUUAGCUCUUUCCUCAUCGGUUGUCCUGUAGGUUGUUAGCCCCUCAAAUCUACUUCGCAUCAAAGAACUUAUUUUCAGCGGGGCUUCCAUUGGAACCACUUACUUACAUACAUUUCCUGUAUCUAAUGAAGCUGAAAGACGAGGUCGGCGCAAGGGGCGUAGCCCAGCCCGAUCAGUGGAGUUGGAAGUACAUCCAGGAGGAUCAGAAGUGGGGAGAUUUUAAGGGUUGUUCAUCCCGCAUUACACAUCCUUCACUAUCGCUAACACUAGCUCCCCUUUUCUUUUUUUCCUGAAUUGAAUCAGUAACACUACCUAGCUUACCUUCACUUUUUCCGGUAGGAAAUGAGUCAGGGAUGUAAGUGCGAGGUGGACAUUCCUGAGUCAGAAAUCUAACUCAGCUCAUAAUGUAAGGUUCUGGGCAGAAGUGUACCUUUCCCAUAACCUAGUCAGGAGGGAUGUUCUGAGAAAUGUGAAGAUUCCGUCUGUACUAACUGGGAUCAUGUGGUUCUUAGCAGAAAUGUAACUUUUCCGUAAGUCAGGAGUCAUGUUCUGAGCAGAAAUGUACCUUUCCCGUAACCUGCUCUAACAGUACCAACGAACCUGCUGUAAGUUCGAAGCCGUUAUUCAAACUGCAAAAAGUCGAUAGCGAGGCAUUCAGAGCUCAUGCGGAACUAGAGGAUAGAAAAAGCGCUGGGGCUCCUCUUCAUGAUCUUGAAGAUGGCGGGGGGGCCUCGCGGUGGGUGGUCACGGCAGCUCCGAGUACAGACCACGUAGUGCACUGGACGGAUCCGAUCUCUCGCUUUUCGACGGGCCUGAAGGAUCACACGGCAGACGCGUCGUGGCUCACCGUCAAUCGCAAGGCGGGCUGGGUGCCCCUCUGGGUAAAGGUAGGCCUGCGAGGCAGAAAAGGGACGUUCACUCCUUAUCAAAAAAUCCCGGCGAAGGACCAGCCCCGCGGUGUGGGUCUGGACCUAGUAUUAUGCAUAGGUGUAGCUAGUUUUAAUCUAUUUUUGGAAGCAUGAUCCCUGAAAAGUAUGACCGAGUAUUGUCCUCGGGCAAUACUUUCCCCUAUAUUUCAAGGAUGCGCCUGAAAGAUGAACUACGGACACCUCUAACAGUAGUACGCCGGGCGAAGCUCAUGUAUCUGCGCGAGCAAAACCUUCUGCCAGUUUCUGGAGAGGAUGAAAAUGCCCGCGACUUGGAGGAGAAAUUGCUAGAGACUGUGACCGCAGUGCCCGUCCACUACCAAGCACGAGGCGACCACGAGAAUUUACUUCACCAGGGAGACGGCAGCAGCAGUGUUCUUGAGCAAGCCAAGAUGCAGACCAGGUACGUAGCAAGGAUUCGAGCCCCGAGGACGGCACACCGUAAGCAAAGACUGACCGAGUAUUUGGAAAAAAUGUUCAAGCAUACACGUGGUCCAGAAGAAGCUGCUAGGGCCUCCAACGGAGCAGCAGGUGAGUCCGCCUCUCCUUCAGAAGCUUCUUCAGAAGAAGGCUCAUGCCCUACUCUGGAUGUGUUCCGCAAGGUGCAAGAAGGCGACCCAGCUAGGAGAGCUAGACGAGCGUAUGGCAUCUGGGAGCAAAAUGCGGCAGAGCGUGGGGAGCGUUCACAGGGAUCAACCGGCGCAGCUUUCUCCUGGCAGGAGCUGGAAUCAGAUUACUUACUCGGCUACACCCGCGCGUUCAGUGCCGCCUUUGCCUAUGACAGUGACAAAGACGAGAAUGACGAAAACACAACGGGAGAGUGGAUCUUUCCCGAGAACUCAGACAAGUUCACACAGACUCAGUUAUGCAUAAUUGAUGACCUUCUCCAGCUCUCUAGCUGUAAGAAGAGCAUAUCUACUACUCGUACUAGAGAUUCUUCAAGUCGCAGGAAUAAAGUUAUAAGUACACAGUUGUCACGAAAUCGAAAUUCUUGAUAAGGUAGGAUAGUCAUAGUGGUCAUUGAUAUAAUUCAGUUAAACGUUUGUUAGAACUUCUCAGAAAAUUAACCUUCUUCAGAGCAGAUCUAGAUUGAGGAGCAGGUACUAUCUACUAGGAGAAUCAUCUCCUAGUACUAUGGAUUCUUCUUAAGCUGAGCCUUCUGCUAAUUUAGAUGAGAUUCGCGCAAGCGUCGAAGAAGAUAACAGGAAUGAUGGAUGUUGUGUCAGUAGAGGCCUUCGAAGGCCGAGAAAAUCCAUUCUUCUUGGGAGACGGGGUCCUCAAACGGCAAAUGAAUCCCUUUUGGAGUCUUGAGAGCACACUUGAGCUACUCGUUAUCGUAAAAAAGAAAGCGAGCAGUCUCGAUGUCAGUCCAAGCGAUAGUGGAUCGGACGCUGGGGCGGGAACGAGAGUAGCAAGCGGCCAAGCAGGCAGUGGCUCUGGAACUUCAUCGCCAGGACACGAUCAGGUCCCUGCUGCCACAAGUGCCUCAGGCUCUGUAGAUGCUCUGGCGGGAGGUGAUGCGAGUACCCAAGUACGAACAAGUCCUUGGCGAUUUACGCAUCAGUUGCGCUCUGGUGAGAGACUUGCGGGAGGAGCCGAGCGGAAACGCCGGGAGAAAAUUGCGGCGCCGCGUGAAAACAAGGCAGAGGCAAGCGAGUUCGAAACAAUAGAGGAGGCGUGGACAUUGCCCACAGACGGCUUGGUGUCAUUGGGAAAUGAGGCGGACGGAGAUAGGAUCUCUUUUGCCCAAAUUGAUGGUAAGUUCGCAAAAGUGACAUCGUUGGAAAAGACUUACGUCACUGGCCAAUCGCGGGUAGGAGGCGACAAGGAAGAAUUACGAAAGCUGGAGGGCGAAGCGCCCACGACCUAUGCUGAAGACACGGAGGGUGCUCAAGUUCCUUCGCCGGGGUCUGAUGAAAAAUGGCCAGCAGCAUUGGCAUUGAAGAAAGCCUUUUCGUUUGAUCAUGCAAAGAAGUGGUCAUCUUUAAGGACGUCUCACGAAAAUAUCCAGAAACUUUGUAUAAACGGAAAACCGGAGUGCAGCAUGUUGGUCGUUAAUAAAGGGUGGAAGGCCGUCUGGAAGCCUUUGAAUGGGGAUAGCCCUGUAUCAUUAGAGCAGUUUCCUAACUUAAGACUUCCGGAAAUGUCCCAUUUUGAGAAGCAUCUGCUUGGACCCCUCCUGUGCAAAAAGGGGUAAACGGGUCCAAGAUGUUGACUUAUAUAAAACCUGGAAUUGGAAGAUGUAUGUGAAAAGCCAAUCCUUCAACCUAGUAAUGUGCGUUCUCAAGUAAGAUGGCCCUCAAGAUGCAUUCCCGGAAGGUCUAACCACAGCUGUAUGUCUCCAGAAGUCGUGCCUCGCUCGCAUUCGUGUGGUAACAGAUGCAGCGACAAGUCCAGGUGACAAAAUUUAUUUUCGUCAUCGCAACGAACACGAAGCAUCUGGAGAUUUAUACUGGGUACAGUAUUUGCCUGGAGAGGUGAAGCGGAAGCAAGGAGGUACGCCCGAAAAGGACACGCGGUGGGAAUUGGAUCCAAGGGAGUCAGACUUCCGUAAGGUUGCAACUUUAGGAGUCUGGCGGAGUCCCCGCAGCGAAAGCGACCUUCAACAGAUUCAAAUCCUGACCUUCGAACGAACUCAAGAUAUUGUGCACCCUGAUGCUGAUGAAGCAGCGAGACAUGCAGGGGGUUCUGCCUCGGGCAACGGUCGGGACGUACCACUAGGCGGCUUUAGCUUCCUGCAAAGAACCUCCACGCGCGCAGCCCCUGGCAUUGCUUCACAAGCUCGAGCAGGAGAAGCAGAGCCGAAUCUUCCCGUCAGACCUGGGCCGGAGAAAAGAAAAGCACGAUUCGCUCGACAGAAAAAGGGAGGCCACUUGGCGGGAUUAGUGGAUUUUGUUGAAAGAAAAGCGAUAGCCAAGGUGUCACGUCUCAGGGAUGAGGACGAUACGACGCUGUACGCUUUGAGCCAAGCUAUUUGGAGCGGCCUUCUGGUGGGAACGUUCACAAACACGGAUGCUGCAAACACGAGCUUGGGCUCCUUCCUUAGGAGCUUGGCCGAAAAGAAACUCGGACACGGCAAGAAGACUUAAGGCGGCUUCUUUUAAGUAGUACUUUGAUGAGACUCGACAAAAGCGAGCACUAGUACAAAGAUAUACUUCCUAGGUGGAAGCUUAAGACUUCCUUCUACGAGUACAAAUAGGCUUUUUUCCUCGUAGAAGCAAGUCUUAAGCUUCCACCCACCUCCAUGACUUUACGAGACAUAGUCGUCCGAGGUUACUCACUUCAUCCAAACAAUAGAUUUUUUAUCCAAGAAAUCGGAAAAGGCGCUGGCAUCCCUGCGUCUCUGAGGGUUCUUACACUUUCAACUGGAAAAGGAGAACUAGUACUACACUGCCGAGAUUUAUACUAUCAACUGGAUUUCGAUUUGGGCAACAACCUCUUUGUUCUAUUUGGGUAAGUAGAAAGGCCUCUUUCAAAUGGAUUUCUAUUUGUACUUUCAACCGGCCAGCUUUGCCUCUAUCCUAGGUUUAGCCCUUCAUGCAGUAUAUUCAUACUCUCAGCUGGCGGAUGUAUUUCUUUUUGGGUAACAACGAGAUGUCCUAUCUUCUUUUAUAUCUGGUUAAUAUUACGAGAUGUAUUCCGAUUUGGGUAACAAGCUCUAACAGAUGAUGCUUCCGCAGCUUUCCGACGAGGACGUGCUCGCGCAAUUACAAGUCUUCGUAAAGUUGUUUACUCGCGUCUCUGUGGAGGCACAGGAACUGGCAGAGGAGGAAAACGUCCAGCGAUCAAAAGGCUUGAGAGACGAUGUCAGAGGUACAAAAUUUGACGCGGACAAAUUCGACCAGCUUUUGGAUCCGAAGCUCCUAGGCGAAGACAUUGUUAAGGGCUACCUCCACAUGGCGGAGUUCUUCUGCUGCACAAGCAUUCAUCAUCAUCAUCAUCUUCUUCCUCUUCUUCGGCUGCGUGAUCGGUCAUCAUCAUCAUCAUCAUCAUCAUCAUCAUCAGCCGCCUGAUCGGUCACCAUGUUCGUCGGCCGCCUGAUCGGUCAUCAUGUUCGUCUGCAUGAUGAUGAUUAUGAUGAAGAAAGAAGAUGUUCGUUGUUCUGAAGAAUGCAAAUACUGAAUUUCUAACAUUCGAAAGGUGAAAGAUGAGACGAAAAAUGAGCGACGCGAACUCUUACUGCAGAUUAUAACCAGUCUGCAGGAAGCAGACCACGGAAGGGGAUUGAGGUUAAGGGUUGAGCAAGCAUUUCAUUUUUGCAGACCUCUACUUGAGAUUGCUACUAAAAAGUGAAAUGCUUCCGCCUUUAAUGAGAGCCAGAAUACUUGCUGAGGUGGCGAAGGCAGAAAAGCUGGCUCAGAAAGCUAGGGAUCUGGAUCCCGAAAGCGACUAUUUUCAUGUUCCACAAGAUGCUCCACCUCCGGUGUAUCUGAGUAUGCGCCUAGAUACGAAGUGGUGCCGUCUACAGCGACAGCAGCGGAAUAAAGAUUAAGGCUCACCCUAAUCCAUCCUCGGAGGCAUCUUGGGCACGUUUUCAAGGGAGAAGGGGACCCAGGACGCGCCUCAGGAUGGACAUGGGUGAGCGCUAAAAAGAACAAUCCGAACAAGGCCAACGAGACGGGGACUAUUCCCAAGCAAAACUGAAGGGGUUGAUGGCUCAGCGCAUGGCGCCUGACCUACUCGACAAAUUGGAUAAGAUCGGAGCCAGGUUUUACUAUCCUUAGGAAUGAAUGAAUGAGUGACUCGCUUGAUGUCGUCGUGUGUAACAAAAUUAUAAUCAAUCACCGCCUAUUAGUACUCCGGCGGCUGUCUUGCGUGUGUCGUCGGUUUUGAUGUUGUAGCAAUCCUUAGAUUUUCAUCAGACUAUUAUUAAAAUCAAUCACCGGUUAUUAACUAUAGAAUAGACGGGGGAUCCUAACAUGAUAUAAGUACAUGGCCAUUGAGAAGUAAUUCUCUUAGACUCUAAGCCUCUAGUAUUGAGUUUUUCUCUUUUUUCUAGAGACGCAAUCGAAUGAAUGCCUCAUCUCCUCCCAAGGCAGAAAAGCGUGUGGUCUACUUCUAUAGCUCCUCUUCUGUAGCACGACCUCUUCUGUAGCACGACCUCUUCUAUAGCGCGACCUCUUCUCUGUAGCACGACCUCUUCUAUAGCGCGACCUCUUCUCUAUAGCAUAGCCCUCCUCUAUGGCUUCUAAUGGCCUCCGAUCGACGUGGACUCGGUCUAUUUGUGCGGCGCAGAGUUAAACCGUGGUGGUACGACGGUGCAGGACUAUCUGAACAGAGAGCGACGAACCAUGCUAGGCCUGCAGAUCCCUGAAAUGGUCGCUCUCGCAGUCGUUCCAGCUGCUGCAGCUAUCACUAGCUUGUUGAAAAUAUCGACCGAGAAGUUGUUUCUCUUCGCGUAUCCACUCCUGCACGAUCCCCGGAACCCUCGCCUGGCAAACGGGCCUGCUUUAGCGGCAAACCAUUGGUUAAGGCUUCGUCCCCUAAUCCAUCUUUUUGAAAGACAUCCUCAGGACAAGAGUUUUCCAGAGUCUUUUUGAAAGACACCUGAAGAGCUAGCUACCUUUUUGAAAGACAUCCUAGAGAGCCUGUUUAACUUAAAUAAACUAACUCAACUAGAACUAGUAUUUCAUUCAAGGGAAAAAGCAGGCGCCCAGGAUGCACCUUGAGAUGGAUUAUUUGGGCUCGUGAGCUCUAACUUUGCAAAAGAUUGAAGAAAAGAGGAAGCAACAAGAACAGAGUGCUGGAUACCAGCCAUUGUCGAAAGGCUUCUCGGCGACUAGGGAACAGCAGGCGGGUAAGGAAGGGGAAGGCUUUACUCCGGCGACUAGACUGUACAGUCUGUGGGGUACCACGCCGCGACAGGUUCUCAGCGAUAUGAGGGACACGCACCCAUCAGGUUCAGGGAGCACGCUGAGCUGCGACUCCGAUAUUUGGACGAAGAGGGACACUUGCCCGGCCGUGGAUACAGGGCGUAUCCUCGGGCUUCAAACGGCCGCGACUCUAGGCGCCAUGGAGGCCAGCAGGUUGGAGAAGAGAUGGCUCGGCGAAGCUCCUCCUGUGUUUUCUGGCGACGGCGGACCGGCUAAAGAUAUGAGCCUGGUUGCAGCCUCGGCCUCCGCAGAUAGAACUAGUGCUGCUGCUGCUGCAGAGGAAAAGCACAGUCGAGUUCUUAUGUUGGACCGGAGUCGCCUCUACGGGGCUCCGUCGUCUUCUGGCGACGACGAACGGGCCAGAGGUACUGGCAUGAUUGCAGCCUCCCCAGGUAGAACUAGUGUUCCUGGAACUGCUGAACCUGCUCUGGUGAAGGCGAUGUGGGAAAACUUUGAACGACAAGCUAGAGGAAUAAAAAAUUUUGGGAACACCUGCUAUCUCAGCGCGGGUCUGCAGGCUCUGUUCGCUGUCCCAGACUUCGUUCGGUUCCUUGAUUGGUCACGCAGGAACGCGGAAGUACUUGCCUUAAGCAGUAGUUUGCCCACAUUCACAUCGAGAGAGUGCAGUCACCUUUGACGCAUUUUCGUGCAGUCACCUUUGGCCCGCUUUUUCUUAGUUAAAGGUGACUGCACGGAAAUGCGUCAAAGAUGAGCGCACUCUCUCGCUGGGAAUUUGGGCAAGCUCUAACUGACGCCCGUGCUGCGGCUCGUAAGGGCGCGGACGACAAUGCCGAAUCGAACGAGCGCUCCAACGAAUACUUCCGGAUGCUAGACAAGGGCCUCGCCUCGCUCAACGUGAUUUCUAAAAUUGCAGAAAGUGUCUAUCCUCUUGAACCCGAUACCCCAGCUAGAGACGCCAUCGACAUCAAGGAAGAUCAUUUCCCUUCAUUGUGGAGCCAGGUCUUAAAAAGUCACUUUGUGGAGGGGAGCACAAGUGGUACAGAGCCCCGAGAGUUGCCACCUGAGGAAGCGAAACGCCGACAGCAAGACGCGCAGGAAGUGCUCACAUUCCUCGCAGACUACAUCAACUCACUUGCUGCUUACGGCCUACUGUACUUAUUUAACUUUACCUCUUGAGCAGAUGAACAAAGAGUGCGUAGUACUGUCCUCGAAACUUACAACAAAAGAGUGACAAACUACGCAGUAACGGAGCUGUAUCUGUGAGUAUUAUCUUCUAGGCUACUAGGUUAUCUCAGUUAUAUCGAGUAUGUAACUUCAUCUCCUGAGCAGAAGAAGGAGCAUCUUCUUUGACGCCCUUUUCUUUAGGAGACAAAGCACGUGUCAAAGAAUAUGUUGGCCACGACUCUUGAAAAGUUCUUGUCGUGUUAACCCUCGAAUUUUCAUCAGACAGUUUUUUGUUUGAUAUUUAUAAAAAGAGUACACAUGAUGUGAGUAUAUUAAUGCUUUGUUUUUCCUCGGUCCAUCUACUCGUUAUGUCGCAGCAACCUCUUCUAAACUGAGGACGUUGUCGUGGGUGCGGCUCCUUCGUUCAACGAAAAACUCCCGUGGAAGUCUCCGCCACCGACGCUUGUUCCCGUGGAUUCUGCUUUGAGAACGAAGACGGUGUGGCGACCAAGAGAAGACGAAGUUCGAACGAGGCUGCUGCGACAUUUGCACUCUGAUCAUGAAAAGCAAGUUAAGGGCUCUUCCCACACUGCUACGUGUUUCACUAAAUCAACAUCCCUGACUCGACGUAGGAAAUGAGUCUUGAGGAGUGUAAUUGUGAGGAGCGACGUAUAUGUAAUUCGUUCAUCCGUAACCUCUAAGCAAAAAGCUGAGCAGCGGCAAGGUGACCUCUUAGAGAGACGGAAGGGAGCGGAUGACGAUGUAGACAAGCAAAUUAUUCUGAAGCACGAUCCGACUCCGGAUGAACCGACCCCGACACUUGAAGACAUGCUAAAAGCAGCAUUUAAGUGGGAAGACACGGAUCUCGGAGUGAGCCUCGAAGUAAAGCGCGACCGUGAAGGCAACAGCCUUUGGGUGGAGAGUGCGGAGAAGGAUGAGCGAAAAUUAAGGGCACUGGGUUGAAAAAGGUGUAGUUUCUCCUGAUGUUAUAGCGCUCGUUUUGCCUUUCUGAAGGAGCAGGAAAGGCAUAGCGAACGGGGUAUCCGAACACCAAAAGCCUAUCUCUAAUAAAUAGCCCACAGUUGCUGUACGAGACAUUUGAAAAUUUUAAAAUGCUGGAAAAGAAAAUGAUACUCCAUCCGCUGCCUUCGGUCUUAUGGAUACAGUUGCCGCGCUUUUUGGGUGGUUACGCACAGAACGCAGCAGCACCACCUCGGAAAAACAAGACCAUUUACCCCUUUCCACAAGAGCUGGACUUGAAAACGUUUUUCGAUGAAGCAAAGGAAACAGCUGAAGACAGGGUGAGAAAAGGCGCUGGUGCAGCUGUGAUGGGAGGUGACGCAGCCGCGGGAGUAGGCGCUCCUGAAGGUGUGAAAGAAGGCGACGGCGGCGUUCCUGCCGAGGUCCGCGAUGUUUACGAGCUUGCGGCAGUGACGUAUCACAUUUCGACUGAAGGGGAGAACGGUGACCGAGCAGACAGCGGACACUAUAUCACACGCGCGCGGGUGAAUGCGGAAGGCGACUGGUUUACGUUCAACGACAGCGUAGCUGAGAAGAUCACGCGGGACGAAGUACCCUUUGCGGAUGCCUACUUUCUACUGUACACACGGAAAGUGGCGGCGAGCGGAGCGGCGCGACCAAAGGAAACAGGAGGUAUGGGUGCUGAAGCUGACCGCCAGGCGGCAGCGGAAGAGGAACCCGCUGUGGCUGAGUCCCCGAUCGCAGCGGCAGGAGGCGCGACAUUCGCACCACAGCCUCGUGUGCCUAGUCAAUAG